CCCUCCCCUUGUUAGUUAGCAAGCGCAGAAAAAUCUGUAUCAAGCUGAUCGGUCAAACUCAUGGCUGCAUUUCGCGCGGAAAAUAUUGUCGCCGUUCCCCUGGCGUGUCCUAAUCCUACUACAACUACAAUAUGCCCCGGGUUAUAAAAGGACAGGCCUUGCCGUGCCAAACAAUGAGUUGUUCGCUACAAGCUCUCCCCUGGUACCUGGAACGAGCUUUUGACAUUUCAUUGAGCAUUAUUACCGAUCAAAAUUCCUUGGAACACUUUGCCUCCACCAAUACCGCACCAUCCCAGUCCCCAUGUCCAAGCAGAAAGUCGAGUUCAAGACCCUUGAUGGGCUUACUCUGAGGGGAGAUCUCUUCCCCGCUGACACCCGUGGGCCAGCCAUCAUUCUCACCCCAGGCUUUCACCUCGUCAAGGAAAUCCUGAUCAGCGAUGUCGCCCAAGAGUUCCAGCGCAACGGCGUUACCGCACUGGCUUACGACCCUCGCAACUACGGUGAUAGCGACGGCGAACCACGCAAUCAUGUCGACUCGAUCCGAAACGUCACCGACUAUAGCGAUGCAUUAACAUUCCUUAAAGGUCUCCCCAUGGUGGAUCCCAGUAGAAUCGCCUUCUGGGGAGCGUCCUGGAGCGGUGCUGUCAGUCUAGGUGCCGCAUCCCUCGACCAGCGUGCCAAGCUCGUCAUCUCCGUGUGCCCGAUGGUCCAGGAUAUCAACCCCUCUCCAGCCGCCAUGAAGAUGCUGAAAAAUGCUAUGAAGGACCGGGAGUCGACCGUGAGAGGCAACCCUCCCUACUAUGUGCCCGUAAUUAACGAGGAGGGUAAAAACCCUGUUGGGUUCGGCCCUGCCUACUCGAGGGAGGACUUCGAACUGUCACAGCGCGCCCGCAAUUCCGUGGCACCAAACCUGAGCCCCGACAUGACCCUACAGUCAUACUUCCAGCUGGUGCAGUAUGACCCGGUGUCCACCUUGCGGUUCCUCAGUCCGAACACUGCGGCAAUGCUAUUGAUUCCCGAGCUGGACGAGAUUUCGCCCGCCCACCUGCAGAUGCAGAUUUACGAUAACGUACCGGGGCCAAAGAGAUUGUUCUGGGCCCCGGGCCAGCCCCAUCGUGGUGUGGUGACAGGUGACUACGCGGAGGAGGGUCUGAAGAAGCAGAUUGAGUAUUUAUGGGAGGUCUUUGGGCCGAAACCCUAAUUGGUCAGGUGGCAGGGUGGGUGGUGUAGUGGUAACCACUUUGUAUGACAUUCCUAUGGGCAUCUGAUAAGUGGUUCGUCUAAUCCAUGUCUAUACAGACUAUGGUUAGCUCGACUCCCGCAGCUACUAAGAGAAUAUCUAAAAGAAAGAGCCUAAUAACUAGGCAAUCGCCUAGAGGCGGGGAUGAAAAUGUAUUCAACAUAUAUUCAACG